AACCUAUAUUAGUAUUCAAUGUUGUGUGAGUAGCAUUAGUUGAAAUACGUGCAAGAGCAUGUUAACGUGUUUUCAAAGAAAAGAAAAUCAAUGAUAUAUGUAUGCAGUAGUUUAUAUAACGACGCAAUCGGCAAAAGGAUUCUGGAGUGAAUUUUGAAUCAAUUCGUAAACGUACACCGAAGGUGAAACAUGGCCGGCCGUUUUCGUGAGAGGCAGUAUCAGUUAGCAGCGGAGAAACGUAACGAGGCAUACCUAAGGCAAAGUUAUUACAAGGAGACAGCAAGAUAUUUUGAAAGAGAAAGUGGAAUAGCGAAACAUUACGAUUCUUGGAACUUGAAGCUUGCUGCUGAUCCAAGGGGUAAGCUUGAGAGGGAAGCUAAAAGAAAAAAAAAACUAGACCAACUUCCAGGAAGGAGAAACAAAUUGAGAAUAUUAUUGAAUGAGGAGGAUGAGAUAUAUCAAAGGGAAUUGGCUGAAUUAAUUAGGAAAAAAAAAUCACAAGAAAAUGAUAUUAACUCGUUGGAAUUUCUUAAAAAGAAAUUAAAAGAGAAACGUAUGGAACAGGAUCUUUAUUUUCCUAAUACAUGUCGAAGAUUACGUUCAUAUUUUCUCGAUCCUCGACCAAUUUCCUCUUCAAUAAUUAGCUCGAAUAUUAAUAAUAGUAAUAAUAAUAUUAUUAAUAAUAAUAAUAAUAGAAGUAAUAAUAAAAGUAAUAAUAAUUCAAACGGUUUUGCGGAAUGUUUUCAUUUGAAAGAUUCGACAAAUUUACUUAAAACCAAUCAAGAGAUUAAUCGUACCAAUUCGACUUAUAAAAAGAACAAUAUGUCCAAUUGGAACGAUCAGAAGGAUCGAUACGAUAAUAAUAUUGAUCUAUUAGCACGUAAUAGAAAAUAUUCGGCACGUUAUGCACGUAGGAGUUUGGAGAAUACAAAUGUCAGACCUGGCGAUGAUAUUUUCGACAAUUUAUCACGUCGUUUGCAGGAAUCUAUGAUGACGACAACCAUGAGUACGGUUAGCAGCAAGAUGGCGGACGAUGACAAAGAAAAUCUUAAUGUUGACGUAGUAGAUGAUUCAACAACCACCACACCGGUACAAACGACUACGAUCGAUUUGAUAGAUCAAGAGGAUCCUACGAUCAUUCCGCAGGACGUUUGUGAUAAGGAUUAUAGUUUGAAUAGGACCGAACAAGAGAUAACGACCAAUGAUAUUGCAAAUGAUAAACAAAUUAUAAUUGAUCAUUGUGAUUAUGAAAGGGAAAGGGGUUAUCCCUGGAUGAGGAUGGAUCCUAAUGUUAAAAAUCUUUCUGAAAAAAUGUAUCUUUAUUUGACCUAUAAAGAGCUCAAAGAAAAGAUAGAUGAUCUAUUGAAAAAGGAGGAACAUGCUUGCAAUAGACAAAGAUGGGAUGAUGCCAUUAGAUUAAGGGAUAUGAAGAAUGAAUUGGAAUUGAUCAGAGAGAAAAAGAUAUUUAAUAUGAAGAGUCUUACAAUGGAUGAGGAUGUUAGGGAUAGGGCACUUAAAAAUAUCGAUGACAGGGAACGUGAACUUGCCCUAAGGGUUGAUGCUUGUACGGAUACGACGAUGUAUAGCGAUGGCGCAAAGGUUCUAUGGGAGAAAUGGAUUAAAGAGGAUGACAGAUUCGUUAUUAAGGAUGCCACGACUCAAAGGGAAAUUUUGAUAAAGGAAUUGGAAGAGGAAUUUCAAAAUUUGGCCGUUGAGGACAGAGAACGAAUCGCUAAGACAUAUCAAAGCGUCUUCAACAACUUGCAUUUGGAAAAUCGUCAUCAUCUCAAUACAAACUUAGUGGCGGAGGCCAAAUCCAAAUCUAAUGCGACCGGUGGGACAUAGUAAAGAUUAGGAAGAGAUAUAUAUAUAUAUAAUAUGUAUGUGUUAGAUCAAGCAUUUUUUUUUGCUUUUAGUAUCUAUCAAUCUCUGUCCCUCUCUCCCUCUCACGCUCGCUCGCUCAGUGUUUAUAAUAUUUUUAUCAAUUUAUCUAAUCUCAAAUUAAUUCACCCGAUAAAAAAAGAGUAUUGUCAUCUAAAACGACAUAAGAUUAGAACGAUAUAUAUAUAUAUAUAUAUAUAUAUAAUAUAUAUAUAUUGUUGUCCUUUUUAUCCUUAUUUAGUUUAUCAUUCGUAUUAUUAUCAUUUAGUUUAAAUAAAAUUGAAUUAUCGAUUAGUAUUAUAAAGACCGUAAGUUCGUCGUUGUAUUCUGAAUUCCACUGUGAAUUUGGUAUUUUUUUUUCUUUUUUUAUUUAUUUUUUUUUCUUUCGUUCUCUCUUCACUAAUCCUAUCUACUAGUUCAUUGUUAUUAUUCCUUUGAUUAGAAAUUGAAGGAUCGAUUAGUAAUAUUAUCAGUAAUUUUAAGUUCGUUGUAUUCUGACUUUUGUGAAUUAGAUAUAUUUCUCUAGGAUAUAUUUUUCUUUUUUCUCUAAUUCGUUCAUUAGAUUAUUAUCAUUAUUAUUUUGAUUAGAAAUUCAAUCAUUGAUUAGAAUUGUUAAGAUCGUAAGUUUGUAGAUAAGUUUAUAUAUUUGUUAUUCUGCAAAUUUGAUACGUGCCAAUUAGUACCACUUAAAUAUUAUCAUUAUAUUUUUCGUUUAGGGGAUUCAUUUUUAGCAAUUUGAAAUUUAUUUUGAAUUUUAUAUUUUAAUCGAAAACAUCUCUGAUCAAUGGAUAAUGCAUAAUAACAAAGAACAAUUUUCUCAUAAUGUUGUAACUUGAAAGUAUUAUAAUAAGAAUAUUGUUUAUAUGUAAAGUGCAAGCUUUAUAGAUAAUAAUGAUAAAUAAAUGAAAUUUAAUAAAUGAAAA